GCCAGCAUAGUUAGCUGGCCACACGUUUUUAUAUUCAUUUUGGUUUUUGAUUUUUCUGUACUUUCCUUUCUUACUUCACCGAUUCAUUCCUCCACAACUUCAAGAGCCAGAGAGAGAAAACUCAAUUCCUCAUUAUUGGAAUUGUUUUUUCUCUCUAUCUUUUUCACUUCGCAUUCAUUUUCACCUGUUCGCUUCCGUCUCCGGUCCCCGUCCGGCGAUCUUUCUUUUUCCGGUUAUUGAUCCCUCCAAAAAAGGAGAAAAAACAAAGAAAAAGUUGAAAGUGAAAUUUAGAGCUUUUUGUCUUGUUUUGUUGUAUUUUUAUCCUUUUGCUUUGGUUUUUUUCUUUGUUUUUUCUCUCUGGAUUGGUCUCGUGUAAUGAAUAAGUCAGUGAAGGAUUUUGAGUGGCUAAGAUUUCUGUGACAGAAUCAAAGUUUUUCAGAGAUCUAUCUGGUUUUGGAUUCACGCAAAGAGAGAUGAUGAGGAUGAAGAACAUGACGAAUAUUGGAGGUUCGGAAAACGAAGCAAGAGGUUUGGAGUGGGAAAUGAGACCUGGAGGGUUGUUGGUUCAGCGUCGAACCGCUGACUCGGAUAUAAACCCGGUUCCUCCACCGACAGUUAGAAUUCGGGUUAAAUACGGUUCAACCAAUCAUGAAGUCAACAUUAGUUCAAUAGCAACAUUUGGGGAAUUGAAGAAAAUCCUAACCGGUCCAACCGGUUUACACCACCAAGACCAGAAGAUAUUUUACAAAAACAAAGAGAGAGUUUCAAAGGAGUUUCUUGACGUUGUAGGAGUCAAAGAUAAAUCAAAGUUAGUGUUAAUGGAAGAUCCUAUUAGUAAAGAGAAAAGGUACUUAGAAAUGAGAAAGAAUGUGACUAUGGAAAAAGCUUCAAAAUCUAUUUCAGAAAUUAGUUUGGAUGUAGAUAGGCUUGCAGGACAGGUGUCUGCUCUUGAAACAAUAAUUAAUAAAGGUGGGAAAGUUGUAGAGGCUGAUUUGCUUAAAUUGAUUGAGAAAUUGAUGAAUCAAUUGCUUAGAUUGGAUGGUGUAAUUGCUGAUGGAGAUGUUAAGUUGCAGAGGAAAAUACAGGUAAAAAGAGUUCAAAAGUAUGUUGAAACUUUGGAUAUGUUGAAAGUUAAGAAUUCCAAUGGAGUUCAUGUCCCAAUGAAGAAGUCUCAGCAAAAGCAUUCAAAUGGUCCCAAACUGGCACCAAUUGAAGAGCAACCAGAAGGGAUGUCAAUGGGGAACAAUAAAUUAGAACCUAAAUUGGAAGAAAAGCAGCAGAAAGGGUCAAUGAAUUCAACCUCAGAAGUUGUUGUUACUACAAAAUGGGAGACAUUUGAUUCUCUGCCACCAUUAAUUCCUGUUACUUCAACGUCUUCAUCCAGCUCAUCCACCAAUAAUUCAGUUCAACCAAAGUUCAAUUGGGAAUUCUUCAACUAAAUAAUGCAACACCACGUGUUGGUAAUUGUGUGAUGUGUUUUGGGCUUUGUUUUCCACUUGGAAUGUUAUUAUAUUGUUAAUUAUUAUACAUUCUUUUAUGUAUUUAGAUUUGUUUAGCAACCCCUUUAGUCUGUCUUUUACUUUACCGGCAAUAAACGGUGGGUUGCUCUAGUGAUCAUUGGAGUAUCAUAAACUAGUUCUUUUUCUAAUUA